AUGAGCCCUGCCUUGCAGCUGGCUAUCCUGGGCACGACCCUCAUGCUGCCCCGAGUGCAGGCCCUGAUCUGUCAGUGGGGGACACAUAAGUCUGUGAGGAGCAUAUUGGAACUGCCCCUUAAGUGGACGUCUGGUAACGAGUCAUGUGAGGAUGGCUGGGGUUGCCAGGACACGCUGAUCCUCAUCGAGAACGGACCCCAAGUGAAUGUGGUGAUCUCCAAGGGCUGCAUCCCAGUGGCAGAUAAGGAUGUCCUCAUCAGGGAGCACAGUGCAGGCCCUGGCCUCUCCAUCCUCUCUUACACCCAUGUGUGCCGGGAGAAAGACAACUGCAACAGCCUGUCCACCAGCCUCCCACUCUGGGCCCUGCCGUCCACCACAGGCCCAGGCUCCCUGCGGUGUCCAGUCUGCUUGUCUACAGAAGACUGUGAGUCUGCCACAGAGCUGAUGUGCCCGGCCGGGAGCACACACUGCUACCAGGGGGCAAUCCAGCUCAGGGGAAGGAAUAUCUUCAGCAUUCUGAGAGUCCAAGGAUGCACGGCCCAAGCAGGCUGCAACCUGCUCAAUGGGACUCAGAAAAUCGGGCCCAUCGAAAUGAGUGAGGACUGCAGCCCUAGAGUAUCAAAGAGCAAUUUUCUGACCUGUGAACGGGGGGUCACACUGUACAGCGAUCAAGACCUGUCUCAGAUACCCCGCAAGUGGAACACAGAUCACUACGAGUUUUGUAAAGUUGGGGAGGUGUGUCAGGAGACCCUUCUGCUCGUUGAUGUAGGACAAAAAUCAAUCAUAGUUGGAAGCAAAGGCUGCAGCAAGGAGAAGACGCAGGAUGCCCCGACCAUCACCGUAUACUCGGGGCCCCCCGGAGUGCUGGUGGCCUCCUAUGCCCAUUUCUGCUCCUCCAACAGGUGCAACAGGGCCAACAAUACCAACGUCCUGCUAAAGUCUCUCCCUCUUCCGGCCUUCCCUCUACUUUUCAGCUGAUCCCCAGGAAACUUGCAGUGUCCCGUCUGUGUGAAUCUCUUUGGAUCCUGCCCAGAAAACCCAGAAAAUGUUAUGUGCCCCACUGGCACCACUCAUUGUUACAGUGGUUACAUUACGAUCCGGGAAGGUGGGGUAUACUCCAACUUGAAUAUUCAGGGCGGUGUGACCCAAGCUUCCAGCUCCUUGCUGAACCAUGCACAGAAGAUCGGGGUCUUCUCGGUGACUGAGAACUCUGAGGAAGAGCCGGUGACUGAGAAUAAGAACCUUAUUCUCCAAGCUGGAGCGGCCCCUGUGCCCUUACUGGCUUGGGUGGUGGGGCUUGGGCUAUCCCUAGCCCUCUGGUGUGAGAUACCUCACUGCUGA